AUGGCUUUUAUUUUCCCAAAAAUUUUAAAUAUAUCUGCAUUAGCAUUAGCCGUAUAUUUUUAUUUAUUUACUGAAAUUUGCGCUGCUCCAGUUGAUAAUUCCGUUCCAAAAAAGAAAAAUAUUAUUUUUUUAGUUGGUGAUGGAUUAGGUCCAAGUGGAGUUACUUUAGCAAGACAAUAUAGACAAUAUAGUGAAAAUUUACCUUUUAAUGAUUAUUUGGAAUUAGAUAGACAUUAUAUUGGUACUCAAGGUCAUAGAUCAAACAGUUCAUUAAUUACUGAUUCAGCUGCUGCUGGAACUGCAUUAGCCACUGGUAAAAAAACAUAUAAUAAAGGUAUUAGUGUUGACGUCAAUGGUAAAGCUAUUGGUGCUGUUGGAGAAGCAUUAAAAUUAAAAGGCUAUACUACUGGUUUAGUUGUUACUACUUCAGUUGCAGAUGCUACUCCUGCAGUAUGGUUUUCUCAUGCUAAAAAUAGAGCUUAUCAAGACAUUCUUACAGAACAAUUAGUUGGUGAAACUCAUCCAUUGGGUCAUAUUCCAUCAUUAAUCAUUGGUGGUGGUAGAGGCUGGUUUUAUGGUUUAGAUGAAGGUGGAUUAAGACCAGAUAAUAGAAGUUUAAUUGAAGAAGUUCAACAAAAUGGAACUUGGAAUUAUAUUGAAAAUAGAGAACAAUUUGAUGCAUUAGAUGAAGGAAAAAACGUUACUUUACCAUUAUUAGGUUUAUUCGCAGAAGAAGAUUAUCCAUAUAGAAUCGAUAGAGAAGAUUCGGAAUAUCCAAAUUUAGUUGAACAAACUAGAGUUGCAUUAAAUGCUUUAAGUAAUGCUACAAAAGAUUCAGAUCAAGGUUUCUUUUUAUUGAUUGAAUCAUCAAGAAUUGAUCAUGCCGGACAUGCUAAUGAUUCUCCAGCUCAUAUUCAAGAAACUUUAGAAUAUGAUGAUACUAUUGCUGAAGUUCUUAAAUUUGUUAAAGAAACUGAUGUUGAUACUGUUGUUGUUGCUACCGCUGAUCAUGAAACAGGUGGAUUAGUCCUUAAAUCAACUCAACCAUCUCAUUUUGCAAUCAUUUCAAAUGCUACUCAUUCAACCGAAUAUUUAACUAAAGAACUUAUUGGAUUUCAAGAAAAAAAUGAUACUGAAGCAUUAAAUGAAUAUAUUAGAGGUGAAAUUUUUACAAAUGGUUUAGGAUUAUAUAAUAUUACUGAUGAUGAAGUUUCAAGAAUUGCUGAAUAUGUUGAACAUGGUGCUUUAACUACUGGUAAAGAAAGUGAAAUUGCGGUAGCAUUAAGUAAUUUAACUUCUUCAAGAGCUGGUAAUCUCUGGGGUUCAACUGAUCAUACAUCUGUUGAUGUUGGUUUAUAUGCAUUUUCAAAUGCUCCAUAUUUACAACAAAAAGUUGAAAAUAUAAAAUCUGGUUUAGCUGGUUAUCAUGAAAAUAUUGAUUUUAGUGUUUUUAUUAAAUCAAUUAGUGAUAUUGAUUUAGAUGAAGUUACUGAAAAAAUUGCUGAUAUUCCAUUAACUCGUUAA